CACCGGCUGACGCACCGUCGGAAAGUUGCGCUCCGACCUUCUGCCACCUCGUACUUUCUUCCCGGGGCGCCGCUGUAGACUUGGAGGUGGGUGGGGAGGACCCGGGCCGAGGCGUGAGAGCGGCCGCCGGCCGGGGCGCAGAGCGGACUGUCCCGGUCUCGGCGAGGAGCCCGCUCCCCCUUCCUCGCGGUGCCCAGCGCGGUGGUGGCACAAACUUUCUGGACUGUCCUCGGACAGUCGUGGCGAGUCCCGCACCGGGCCGGGAGGAGGAGCCGCGGCCGCUGACAGAUUUUGGAAGUCUUCUUCUGGGCGUUGCCAGCAGUGCCAAGUGUUGGAGAAAUCUUUUCUACCCCUCUGAUAGAGUGAAGUAAGCAAACGCAACCUAGCAGAAGGCUCGUGAAGAGAGCACUCACAGGUUUCGAAGGUGACAAUGAAAUGUGAAGAAGUUACAUUUCUACUGUGAUACUUGAAAGUUAGUGACUGCUUACCAAAUUUUCAUGAAAAUUAAAUAUGACUUAGAAGCAUUUGGUUUUUGAAGGCUUAUGAUGUCAUCGGUUGCGACAGAAGGCAAACUCCGGCAGGCUGUGAGCUUGCAGGGAGUUGACCCAGAAACAUGCAUGAUUGUAUUUAAAAACCACUGGGCGCAGGUUGUGAAAAUCUUAGAGAAGCAUGACCCCUUGAAGAACACCCAGGCAAAAUAUGGGUUCAUCCCUCCAGAUGAGGCCAGUGCUGUACAGAACUAUGUAGAACACAUGCUCUUUUUGCUGAUUGAAGAGCAAGCCAGGGAUGCUGCCAUGGGGCCAAUCCUGGAAUUUGUGGUCUCUGAGAACAUCAUGGAAAAACUCUUCCUUUGGAGUCUGAGACGGGAAUUUACUGAUGAGACUAAAAUGGAGCAGCUAAAGAUGUAUGAGAUGUUGAUCACCCAGUCCCACCAGCCUCUGCUGCAUCACAAGCCCAUCCUGAAGCCCCUGAUGAUGUUGCUGAGCUCUUGUUCAGGAACAACCACCCCCACUGUGGAGGGGAAGCUGGUUGUCCUGCUCAAUCAGCUCUGUUCCAUUCUUGCCAAAGAUCCAUCCAUCCUGGAACUCUUCUUCCACACUAGCGAGGACCAAGGGGCUGCCAACUUCCUCAUCUUCUCUCUUCUGAUUCCCUUCAUUCACCGGGAGGGGACUGUAGGCCAGCAGGCCCGGGAUGCUUUGCUCUUCAUCAUGUCUCUCUCUGCUGAGAACAGCAUGGUGGCCCAUCACAUCGUGGAGAACACCUACUUUUGUCCAGUGCUUGCGACCGGGCUCAGUGGUCUGUACUCUUCCCUGCCUGCCAAGCUGGAAGAGAAAGACGAGGAAUGGCACUGCCUUCUGAAGGACGACUGGGUCCUGCUCCCUCCUCUGGUCCAGUUCAUGAACUCCCUUGAGUUCUGCAACGCCGUCAUUCAGGUGGCUCACCCCUUGAUUCGUAAUCAGCUCGUCAAUUAUAUUUACAAUGGAUUCUUGGUACCAGUCUUGGCUCCAGCUCUCCAUAAGGUGACUGUGGAGGAGGUCAUGACCACAACUGCAUAUCUGGACCUUUUUCUGCGUAGCAUCUCUGAGCCAGCACUACUUGAGAUCUUCCUCCGUUUUAUCCUGUUGCACCAGCAUGAGAACGUCCACAUCCUAGAUACUCUCACGAGCCGAAUCAACACCCCAUUUCGGCUUUGUGUGGUGUCCCUGGCAUUAUUUAGAACUCUCAUCGGUUUACAUUGUGAAGAUGUGAUGUUACAACUAAUUCUAAGGUAUCUGAUCCCUUGCAAUCACAUGAUGCUGAGUCAGAGGUGGGCUGUGAAGGAGAGAGACUGUUACUCUGUUUCUGCGGCCAGGCUGCUCGCCCUGACCCCCGUCUGCUGCUCCAGCGGGAUCACCCUGACGCUUGGGAACCAAGAGAGGGAUUAUAUUCUCUGGUCAAAGUGCACGCAUGAGAGUCCAGGGCCCUCGGAGCAGCUGCCCCCCGAGGCGUUCUCGCCGUCGGCCUGCAUCGUGGAGUACGGCAAAGCCUUGGACAUCAGCUACCUGCAGUACCUCUGGGAGGCCCACACCAACAUCCUCCGCUGCAUAAGGGAUUGCCACGUGUGGUCCGCCCUAUACGAUGGAGACUCCCCCGACCCCGAGGCGCUUUGCCCGGCUCUGCUGGGCCCGCCCGAGGGGAGGGCUCCCAGCGCCACCUACCCUGUGCUCAGCCUCCCGCAGCAGGUCCCCGGGACGACGGGGCCCCAGCUGGCUCCCGGAAAGGAGAAGAGCCACACGGAGCUGGAGUGGGACGACAGCUACGACACCGGGAUCUCCUCGGGGGUGGGUGGGGGCUGCCCUGGGCCGUAUGAGGAUGCAGAGAACUCGGGCCCCCCGGCCCCCGUGGAUCCUCCCAGACACAUCCAGGAGAUGAAGAAGAACGCCAUCCUGCUCUUCAAAGGGGCCUACAUCGAAGAGUCCGACUUCCAGGAUGACGUGAUGGUGUACAGGUUGUGUGCCGAGAAGGAUGCAGAGGACACCAGCGGUUCACGGGAGGAUGCCGCGAGGCCCCCAGCCCAAGCCCAGACCCAGGUCCAGGGUCCCCCCGUGAGCAACGGCCCCCUGCCCGGCCCUCAGCCAGAGACAGAUUCAGAGGAGGAACAUGGUAGGGACGAUUCGGACGUGUUUCACGGUGUGUCCAAGGAACCAGAAGGAGAGAACGAGCCCGAAGUCGCGCUGGAGUCAAGCCCCGAGUUAGCGGCCCCCAGCCCCGAGGCAGAGCACGGUGCACGCCUGACAGUGGCUAACCCCGAGGGUGAAGAUCUCAUUGCCCAGUAUGACCAAAUCAUUAAGGAACUGGAUUCCAGCACCGAGGGCUUGAUGCAGCAGAAUGUCUCCUCUCCUGAUCCGUUGCUUCUUACAGAGGAGCCCGAAGAGGAGGAAAAUGAGAGCAAAGGAGAAGAAGAGGGGAAGAAGGAACCAGAAGGGGAGGGGGAUGACUUUGACUCUUUCAUAGCUGAGGCUCCUGCCGCAGAGACCCCGCCGUCCCCGUUUGGAGCGAGAGAUGAGGCUGCCUUUGCCGGUCACCGUCCCGCGAGGACUCAGAGCACCCCAUUCACAGGCCCGUUCAUCAGCGUGGUCCUGUCCAAGCUGGAGAACAUGCUGGAGAACUCUCUGCACGUGAAUUUGCUGCUCAUCGGCAUCAUCACGCAGCUGGCCAGCUACCCGCAGCCCCUCCUGCGCUCCUUCCUGCUCAACACCAACAUGGUCUUCCAGCCCAGCGUGCGCUCCCUCUACCAGGUCCUCGCAUCUGUGAAGAACAAGAUUGAGCAGUUCGCCUCUGGGGAGAGAGACUUCCCGGGCCUCCUCAUCCAAGCCCAGCAGUACCUGCUCUUCCGCGUGGACCUGUCCGACCCGAGCCCUGAGGCACCCACCAAAGAUGGUUUGCCCGGCUGCGGUGCAGCAGCCAGAACGUGCGAGGCCCAGCGGACUGGCCUGCUCCUGGCUUCCCGACAUCCACUUGCACUUGCGUAAGUGUCUCUACUGGAAAAGUCAGUGGCUCAGAGAUGGAGAGAAAGGAACAGAAGAUGAGUUUCAGCUGUAAUGUAUUAUCCUCCAACUUUGCUUUGCACAAGUAUGUAUCUUCCAGUUUGGACUCACCAGGUAUAUAGGAAGCUAAAGUCACGUCUGAGAGCCGUAUUCUUCAGCUUUCUGGUCUGAUUUCCACGUCUCUCCAUUAUCUGGUGAUGGUGUCGAUUCUUCUCCUUGAGUCCAUGUUGCUCUAUUAUAGAAAACCACAGUCCCCUUUGUGGAAGGCAUCUUCUGGGAAAGAGUAUUUUUUUAAGUAGGUACUUAUAAAAAAAGUAGAUUUGCUUUAAAGGAGGACAGAGAUGACCGGUGUGGGGUGAGAGGCAGGAAAAUUAACUAACUAACUCCCAUGGUGGGGUGCUGGUAGCAAACCCACAUGACAACCCAACCUAUUUGGAGGUGGAUGCUGGUUCCGGUUUCUGAAACCACUGCAGCCCUCCACCAGAGUACUGAGUCCAGCGUUUCUCAAAAUGAAGUCAGAAAAUGGGCCUGGAAAUAUAUUCUAGGGAACUGGUGAACCCAUGCAGUUGAGGGGAACAGCCAGGUGGGUUAGGUUAAGGAUGGUUUGGGGGUGGUGUGGACAUGCGAGAGGGAACACAGCAGAAACCGGAAGCUAAAAUAGGAGAAGAACAAAUCCUGGGGGGUUUGGAGGAAUGAACAUUGAUCUAGGCAGAUAGGAAGAUACUGAACAGCAGGGGGUGGCGAUGGGAAUUCCUUGAUGGGAAAAGUCUCGGUAAUGAAGUAGAAUGUUCUAGUCAUAAAGUAAUAGGUGACACCCUUAGAAAUCUCUUUUGCGAUGAGUUUGGGGAAGGAUUUUGAACGAUACUUGGCAUGCUUUAAAAUGUGCCAGUGCGUGGAUGCCUUUGUAUGCGACAGGCCCCCAGGACUCCGUGGACACGGGCUUUGGUGCAGCCCCUGAGGUUGGCGUCGCUGUGUCGAGCCUGGUGGCCCCGGGCAGCGGAGGUGAGUCACGGGUUCCUGGAGCAUCACAUCCUUCACCUUGAUUCAUAACUCAGAGUCUGACGUAAAGUUCUAGGUAGAGUGGAUUUUGCGCUUCAAAAUAUAGGAGAGCACUGGGAUACUUAAAACUGAUUUUUGGAAGGGGCCAAAUGUUUAAAAAUGUUUGUUUUUAAAAUUUGAAAGCGAUUCCAGGUCGAGUUUAGCCUAAAAUACAGUUUUAUGGAGUGAAUUAGAUUCCCAGACAUGAAAUGGAGUAACCAUUCAGAGAUGUGGUUUUAUUAGUAGGUACUUCCUUUCCUUCCCUGGUAUUUAGAGGAACUGUGAAAUGGUCCCCACUUGACUUAGUAAAAUACUUUGACGAGCUGGGGUUGGAAUCGAUGCCUCUGUCACGUGUAGGGAGGACCAUUCACUUCUUCCGUGGGUCCUCAGGGGUACCUUUUCCUCAUCAAGUGGCUUGUACUUAGGUCUGAUGCAGUUGUUGAUUUUCAGUCCAUUGAGACAUCCUGGCUCCAGGGUGUUGUCAGGAGAGCAUCCUCUUAUGAGUAGAAUCUAGAGACAGGAUACGUGACUGUUCAGGUUACCUGUUCAUUUUGGGCAGCCCAUGGUACUCGGGGUUGAAAGUCAUUUUUGAUGUCUCGGAAUCAGCCUGGCUGCCAGGGUCAGUGUGGGUGGGUUUCCAGCUGUGUUCAGAGGUUUGGGGUUGUGGGUAGGCUGCCCAUUCUGAACGUGGGUCCGUGUGCCUGGGCUGCUCUCCUUGGGAAGUGCGGCCCCGGCGGGGGUGGGACGUGUCACCGGUGUGACGGUGAAUGUCUGCAGCGCACACCCAGCUCUCACGCAGGGAUGGGCCAAUGUAAUUGCUACCUACCAGCCGUGUAUUUGAGAUGGCUGGCACCCUUGGCCAUUUGUAUGAAACACUUUAUUGCGGGACAGCUAUUACUGCAUGUGCUACUUCGAGUCACUGGCCAGGCCGGGGUAAUUCGUGGCUCCCCUCGCGUCCCAGCCAGCUUUGGGGUAUUAGCUCUUCCUGAACAGCAGCCCUCUGUAGCUGAGGCCACAACGCUUUAAGUCGUUAAGAAGAUAUCCUUGGCCCCUUCUCGCUUCAGCCAUCAGACUGUAAAUCACACAACACUCAUUCUCCAUCAGAUAACAGCUGAAGACAGAACACUGUCAAACCGGUUGAUACUCCAUUUCUUAAAUCACAUCACGGAGGAAACAUUUUAAGAAAAUGGAGCUGACUUUUUUUUUUCCUUUUUGAAUGAUCGUCAUAAACCUAACGCUUUAGAAAGAGCUCUCAAAAGACUGAGCAUUGUUUUCGGGAUAAUUUUGCCUCAAUAAAUCCUCUCUACGUUCAGGCGUUUAUUAGGCCAUUACUUGUUUUGGAGGACAGAUCAUCCUGGCAGCUCAUUAACUGGAUAAACGGGGGCUUCAGUGAAAGGUUUUCGUUGAGGCUUUGUAGGGACCAGAGCGACAGGGGCAAAGUUCUUUGGCCUCUGCACUUGGAAUCCUAAGACAGGGGCCGAUUUUAGCUGGGAACGCCCCUCCUGUCCUGUCAUCAUGGUGAAGUUUGUUCCUGUCACCCACACAAGGGACAAGGUCGCCAGCAAGGUCUGCCCGCAUGCGUCCCAUACAUAUCUCAGGUAUCUUUGGGGAGGCUUAGAUUUACUGUGUGCUUUCCGAACCUGACAAGGGUUAUGGCAGCUCUUAGGCCGGAUUAUGCAUUUCAUGGAGCUGAGGCUGCAGAAGUCUGUGCUUCUUAGGGCAGCAGCUGACUUUUUACUGGGACAAGUCUAGAAAAGGCCCACCUGUAACAAGGUACCAUUUUGCCCUGCAGAUAUUUUAAAAGAGAUUAUUUGGUGUUGACAAUAUUACUUAAAGGAUUUUUGCUAAGACGUCUGACGAAGGGAGACAACAAGAGAGGAUGUCAAUCAGCGGUUUCCAUCUCACCAUCGAGGGUCCGCUCUGUUCACAAAUAAUCCACAAAUGCAAUUUGUCUAAAAUCUACUGAAGAGGCGUGACAGCCAUUUCCAUGCUGCUUUUGGUGGUGGGUAAAAUAACAUGGCCUUUCACAUAGAUCUAGUCGUUUUUUUCAAAUAGUCCUAUGUGGAAUCCUUGAAAUUAUGUGGCUAAAUUCAAUAGACAUGAAAAACACAAUAUGGAUUGUGGGUCCUGGCCGUAAGCUAUAUAUUGAACUAACCAACCAACGCAAAGCUCUAGGAGAGUGCUUACUUGAAAACAAUUCAUAGCCUUCUUCCAGAUUAGCCAUAAUUACCAAAAAGAAGGGAUGGAGCGAGCUCAGCUAAAAACACCCUUAACUUGGUAUAAAUAAUGACAAGUUUUUUUCCCUGGGUUGUCUACAUCUUAAAAGAUGGGAACAGAAGUUCACCUUGAUGCAUAAGCCUGGACAGAGUCAAGAAGCUCCUUCCUAGACCCAGAGUUUAAAAGCCUAGUGGAUGGCAGCACCCACCCCUCAUACAGAGGGACUCCCACAAAAGGUUGUCCAUUAAUUUUGCUUUAUAAACUUAAUGAACUUUUGCUAAAAACGGAUCCCGUGCCAGGUAGCAUGCCGAGUGCUGCGGCUGCCACCCCUCCCCUCCCCCCAGAACCAGCCGAUCAACCAACCCCCUCCUCAAGCCACAGGGCACCCGGGAGAGCCAGUCUUCCAGCACGUUGCCCUCCCAGCCUCCAGGUGUGCAGGCUCCAGUGACAGAUGGCACUGGCUUCACCUGUGGUGCCAACUCAUACAUUUCAAUGAGAUUCCCCCCUGAAUAGCAAACAGAGAACCAGACUAAACUCACAAUCAUGCAAAAAUGUAUUUAAAAUUGUAUUUCACUGAAGCCCAGUUACAAGUAGAGCCAUACUUUGUGAAUUUCUUAGGGUGUUAGAUAAACAUAUAUUUUGAAUAUCUAGUCAGGUUCCAGGUAAGAUAUCUGAGCUGUGCUUUGAUACGUUUUUUCUUUCUAUGAGCAGUUACAACACCACAAUCUCAUUUUCAGGAUUUCAGAAGUGGGUCUUCAAGACAACAGGCAGUUGUCAGAGCUGGAUGAGUUAGCAUUGUAAAGAUCCAGUGCUUUUUUGUGUGUUGAGGUAACUGGUUUAUAACAUUAUAUGUUUCAUGUGUAUAACAUUAUAUUUUGACUUCUCCAUACACCACAGUGUAUUCACCAUCAAAGGCUGAGUUUCUGUCUGCCACCACAUAGUUGACCCCCUUACCCGUUUCGCCCUCCCUCUACCCCCGACCCCAGCAAUGGCAUUUUUCUCCCGAAAUGAUCAGUCCAUAAGACGGUUUACAUAUGACGUGAUAUUGUUGGUAAAUGGCCUUCAUCUGGCUGUCCCCGCCCCUCCCAGACCCCACUUAAGUAAGCCCUUGAUUUAAAAUGGUCUGGAAAGAUCGUCCAGUGCUUUCUGUAAGGGUUGAUGACCAAGAAGCCAGACCUCUGGUGAAAAUGGAGUUUGUAAAACAAAACUGAAUCUUAUCAUUUCUUACAAAAUCAUGAUCCCGCCAGAUUCCAGACUCAGGAGCCACGGGGUGGGGGGGUGGGAACUGGCUCUGCCUUUCUCUCUCGAAAAGAGGUUUGAUGAAAAUGUUUUACUGUCAGGCCCAGGAGUUUUCAGUACUGCAGCGGGAUGCGCGAGGGGCACGCGGCUUCCUGGUGAUGUAACGUACCAUAUUUUCUUAACACUUCUAAGUCACUCAUUUUUAAAAAAGUUAGUUUUUUCAAAAACCUUACCUCUUCAUGCUUGUCUGAAAUAAGCCAGAUGACUGGUCCCUGCUUUUCUGGCUGGGAAGAGGGGCAGUCCUCUCUUUACUCCUAGUUAGGGAAGUCCUGAGCGAUCGUCUGCAACCAGGAACCACGAGCUGCUAAGUUGGUGACUCUUCUCCGGGUCCCCAGCUACCACUGGAGCACCGUUCAUGACGGAAGUGUUUGUGCUCUUCUUAGUACAAGAGAGAAUUCAGUGUAAAAUCAGGGCCUCCAAUGAUUUUCUUUUAUGUCACAGUUUAUUUGACAUGUGCUUUUAAAAAACAGCACUUGCAAAACUGGUCUUUAGUGUUUUGAGUCAGAGGUAACAAAGGCGUGCAGUGAACAAAGGGGUGCCCCAGUGCGACAGAGAAAUAGUAUUAUUGCCAUGAGAACAGGGGUGAGGGCAACGCAGCCUCCAUGGACUACUGUUAACUGUACCACAGUUACCAUUAAAGGUCAAGAUUUUGAUUUACUAGCUUACCAUCUUAUUCUUUCCAGGCAAAACAAAUCAGUUUAAUGUUACAGCUUUUUUUCCGCCUUUUAAAACUUUUCGGUCUGAGGGUGGGGAGGGGGGUUUGUCCACUGCACAAUCUUCGACGUGUAAGUUAAUUUUUUAUGUGAUGUUUCAAUAUAAAUUUUAUUCAUUAAAUUUAUUUGAAAACU